UACCGAAAAGUAGUGACAUAACCUUGUUUUCUGCUGAGAAGAAAACCAUCCGAUUCAUUUUUGUGUAACUCCUUGCCAUUUGUGAUAAGUGACAUGAAAAUCCAAUUUUCUAAGACCAUGUUAUUGAGUUGAUUUUUAGUAGGCAUACAUAUUUAUUAGAAAAUGCAAUAUAUUUUAAAAACGGUCGCAUUAAGCCUGCCUGUUAUGGUAACAUUCGUUGAUAGCGUUGGAUAUAUUGCUCGUGUAGAUGGCACAUCAAUGCAACCUGCGCUGAAUCCAAACUCAGGAUCCGAAGAUUAUGUGUUUUUGUCAAAAUGGGCCGUACGAGAUAUGUAUGUACAACGCGGAGAUAUUAUUUCAUUGACCUCACCAAAGGACCCCAGUCAAAAACUGAUCAAACGAAUUGUUGGACUACAAGGUGAUAUCGUACCAACGAUAGGCUAUAAAAAACCAUAUGUUAAAGUUCCUCCCGGCCAUUGUUGGGUUGAAGGAGACCACACGGGUUAUUCAUUAGACAGCAAUACAUUUGGUCCAGUUUCAUUGGGUCUAAUGACAGCCCGAGCCACGUGUAUUGUGUGGCCACCAUCACGAUGGGGCGGUGUGGCAAAUGAGGUGCCACGAAAACGGCAGCUAGUCUCAUUGGGCAAGUCAAAAAGCUCUAUAGACUAGAAGGCAUAUGGACUGAAUUGACAUCUAAAUCUAUAAUAUAUAAAAAGUUAAGCUAAAGAAAUGUAUAUUUUGAGAGAAAACACAGAAAAUCACAAAUAAAAAUGAGAAAUUCAUUAGUCUAAA